UCGAUUUGUUGGCUGCUGCUGCAGGUAGCAAAGUGGCCCUGAGGACUUGGGUGCUCCAGUAGCCACCGCAGCGGGCGGGCAAGCGGUUACUAUGGAAGCGAUCAGUAUUUACACUUCUGAUAACUACUCAGAAGAAUUGGGCUCAGGGGAUUAUGACGCCAUAAAGGAGCCCUGCUUCCGGGAAGAAAGUACCCAUUUCAACCGGAUCUUCCUGCCCAUCAUCUACUCCAUCAUCUUCUUGACUGGCAUAGUGGGCAAUGGAUUGGUGAUCCUGGUCAUGGGUUACCAGAAGAAAUUGAGAAGCAUGACUGACAAGUAUAGGUUACACCUGUCAGUGGCUGACCUCCUCUUUGUCAUCACCCUUCCAUUCUGGGCAGUUGAUGCUGUGGCGAACUGGUACUUUGGGGACGUCCUAUGCAAGGCGGUCCAUGUCAUCUACACUGUCAAUCUCUACAGUAGUGUCCUCAUUUUGGCAUUUAUCAGUCUGGACCGGUACCUGGCCAUCGUCCAUGCCACCAACAGUCAGAGGCCAAGGAAGCUGCUGGCUGAAAAGGCUGUCUAUGUUGGCGUGUGGAUCCCUGCUGUCCUGCUGACCAUUCCUGAUUUCAUCUUUGCCAGUGUCAGGAAGGCAGAGGAGAAGUAUAUCUGUGACCGCUUCUACCCCAAUGACCUGUGGAUGGUUGUGUUCCAGUUUCAGCACAUCAUGGUUGGCCUUAUCCUGCCAGGUAUUGUCAUCCUGUCCUGCUAUUGCAUUAUCAUCUCCAAGCUGUCCCACUCCAAGGGUCAUCAGAAGCGCAAGGCCCUCAAGACCACAGUCAUCCUCAUCCUGGCUUUCUUUGCAUGCUGGCUGCCCUAUUACAUUGGAAUCAGCAUAGACUCAUUCAUCCUCCUGGAAAUCAUCAAGCAAGGAUGUGAGUUCGAGAACACGGUGCACAAGUGGAUUUCCAUCACUGAGGCCCUUGCCUUUUUCCACUGCUGCCUGAAUCCCAUCCUCUAUGCCUUCCUUGGAGCCAAAUUUAAAACCUCUGCCCAGCAUGCACUUACCUCUGUGAGCAGAGGCUCUAGCCUCAAGAUCCUUUCCAAAGGAAAGCGGGGAGGACAUUCUUCUGUUUCCACUGAGUCUGAAUCUUCAAGCUUUCAUUCCAGCUAACAUUGAUGUAAAAGACUUGUGGUUUAUACAGUAAAGAACUUUUUUUUAAGUUACACAUUUUUUUCAGAUGUAAAAGACUGACUGAUAUUGUACAGUUUUUAUUGACUGUUGGAUUUUGUCUUGUGUUCCUUUAGUUUUUGUAAGGUUUCAUUGACUUAUUUAUAUAAAUAUUUUUGUUUCAUGUUAAUGAGUGUCUAGGCAGGACCUGUGGCCAAGUUCUUAGUUGCUGUGUGUCUGGUUGUAGGACUGUAGAAGAGGGAACUGAACAUUCCAGUGUGUGUGGUAAACCCUGUGAAACUAGAAAUGAUCUUCAGCUAUUUGUGCAUAAAUGAUCUUUCCAUUCCAUUGGACCAUCUCCCUCCCCCGACCCCAUUCUUAAGUUUGAUUACACUAUGUGAUUUUGCUAUAGAAGGUAGCACUUAUAACCAAAGCCUGAAGUGGUAUAGAAAUGCUGGGUUUUCAGUUUUCAAGUGUGGGUUCAUUUCAGCACCUACAAUGUACACUCUUGUUUGUGUUGUUAAUAAAAAAUACGUGAUAAAUGUA